AUGAGCAACUUCCAGGAUAUUCAACCAGGUACAACGUAUAGAAGUAUACAUGCUGCCUUUACCUCGCGAUCCAUAGCCGAUGCGAGCAGCAAAGGACCUUCGUUGAUCCAAUCGACUUCCCCCAUAAUAACUAGUGCAUUGAGCUCUGCCUUCCCAUAUUUGUUGAUGAUCGAUAAACUACUGGCAGCAAUCACGUGGACAAAUGAAGAUAGUUAUCAGGGUUUUUUAUUGAUUGUUAUCUACGGAGCGGCUGUUCGAUACUGGGACAAUCUAGGUAGUGCCAUAGUGCCCGUCGCAGCAAGCAUGGCAUUCUGCUGUGUUUCGUGGACCAUCACCACUGUAUCAAAUGAGUCUUCGGAUCCACCAACACUUGAAGAGGUGGUUGCCUUGUUGUCGAAUAUUUGCACCAGAUGCGAGAUUUUACGGGAGCCACUGAAAGUUUUGGAUUCUUUCACCUUGGUGGACUUUGGAAAGUUACUCCUAAGUAGUGUCUUGCUAUGGCCGUUCUAUGUUUUUGUCCUGCAGAGGAUAUACAACACGAAAUGGUUUUCAUUGAUCUUUGGUAUACUUGCAUUGACCUAUUACUCGCCCUGGGCCACCGCUUCCAGAUGUCUGCUUUGGCGCAGCUCGUAUGUCAGAACUGCUGCGAAAGCUGUUACGGGACUAGAUGUCCUGCUUACUAGUCGUCAUAGCAAGAAUCCUAUUGCCACUGACCACAAGGUCAUAUACACAUCAAAAACAAAUGAUUCUGAGAAGCAGACGGUUGAGUUUCAGAUAUUCGAGAAUCAAAGGAGAUGGAUAGGAAUGGGCUGGUCGGGACAUCUUCUGCCUAACGAGCGUGCCCCUUUCACGAACGAGAAGUUUGCAGCUUGCUCUGGCUUCGAAGGCUUUCAUUUCCCUGAGAUGCCAGAAGUCACAGGAAAGAGCUUCAAAUGGGAGUGGUUGGACCCCAAAUGGCAGAUAGAUGUCUCUUUCAAUAAAGGUAAUGAUAAGGAAGGAUGGAUCUACUACGAUAACUACUGGGACACUCCUGGGUUUGUUGAUUCCAUAUCAAAAUACACGAGAUCGCGGAAAUGGAGACGUCGGGCUACUUUGGUUAUUGAGGCUAAGAAAUGA